AUGAGAGACGUGCAGUCGACGACCCGUAGACUGGACAGCUCGCAAGAAAAUAUUGCAUCAAUUGAUGCCUGCGGCUACUCCAGUGAAGGAGAAGAGCAGAAGCACCAGCACCAAAGCCAGAAGCCACCCCUGGGCGUCGAGCAGGAGAAGCGACAGCUGCGCCGUUUACAGAGGCAACUGCAGAGAGAGCGGCGACACCGUCAGCAGCUGCAGCUCCACAUGCAGCAGCAGCAGGAUCUGGUCGAGUUCUAUCAGCAGCAGCACAUGCAGUGGCAGCACAUGCUUCAGCAGCAGCAGCAGGAUUUGGCUCAACUGCAGGGACAGCAGUACAUGAUGCAACAGCCAGAGCACCGGCGGCAUCGCGAUGAACCCGCUGCCAGUCCUUUUGCUUUAUAUCCAAGUCAAAGGACUCCAUUUCCAGAGGAGCUUAGGCCCCUUUUUAGCGAAACAGUGAAGGAAGAUACAAUCCACAGCAACCACAGGACUGCAGAAUCUCCCGCCUCACCAUUUUCCUGA